AUGUCGGGAAAGGAAAAUAGAGCAACGAAUCUAUGCCUGGAAGAGUCAAAGAGGCAAAGAGGCAAAGGUGGCAAGGAACUUGGAAAAGGAGGCGCCAAGUGUCACCGCAAAGUUCUCUGUGAAAAGAUCCAUGGAAUCACCAAGCCCGCUAUCGGUGUGAAGCGUAUCUCCGGUCUGAUCUAUGAGGAGACCCGCCUUGUCCUGAAGGUGUUCCUGAAGAACGUGAUCCAUGAUGCCAUCACCUACACCGAGCAUGCCAAGAGGAAGACCGUUACCGCCAUGGAUGUGGUCUACGCUCUGAAACGCCAGGGACGCACCCUGUGCGGUUUCAGAGGUUAA